AUGGCCUCGAUCCGGCUCGAGGCGUCCAAGCAAUACUACGCCACCAGCAGCCUCGUCAUAGGCUACGCUCUUUGUUCCAGCCUACUCGCCGUUAUCAACAAAUUCGCCAUCACCAACUUCAAUUACCCUGGUCUACUCACCGCGCUUCAAUACCUAACCUCGGCCUUGGGCGUCUGGAUCCUUGGACAAUUCGGGUUCUUGCACCACGAUCCCUUCACUGUGGAGACAGCCAAGAAGUUCCUGCCGGCAGCAUUUGUCUUUUACCUGGCCAUCUUCACAAACACAAACCUCCUCCGCCAUGCCAAUGUGGACACUUUCAUAGUCUUCCGAUCCUUGACCCCACUUCUCGUGGCAGUUGCCGACACCUUCUUCCGGAAGCAGCCGUGGCCUUCGAAACUGACGUUUUUCUCGUUGCUGGUCAUUUUAGGGGGUGCGAUCGGGUACGUGGCCACAGAUAAUGGGUUCACGCUGACCGCGUACUCGUGGGCCUUUGCGUAUCUUGUGACUAUAACCACCGAGAUGGUUUACAUAAAGCACAUGGUGACCAAUCUGGGCCUCAACACCUGGGGAUUUGUGUUCUACAAUAAUCUCUUGUCGUUGAUGAUGGCACCCCUGUUCUGGAUCCUGACCGGGGAGUAUGCAGACGUGUUUGCAGCGCUGGCUUCAACGAGCCUGAGUGAUCUGUUUGGGCCCGUCGCAUUUUUCGCAGUGUCCUUGUCCUGUGUGUUUGGACUGCUCAUCAGCUUCUUUGGUUUUGCCGCCCGGAAGGCCAUCUCAGCAACUGCAUUCACUGUUACGGGUGUGGUGAACAAGUUUUUGACUGUUGCCAUUAAUGUGCUGAUUUGGGAUAAGCAUGCGACUCCCUUUGGUCUGGUAUGUUUGCUACUGACUAUUGCUGGAGGGGUUCUCUAUCAGCAGUCGGUCACUGGAGCAGUCGGCAAUGCUUCGAACCCGGCGGCAUUGUCCAAGCAGAUGGAUAGCAAGAAUGAUAAUGGGGCAGAAAGGGACGAGGAGAAGGGAAUUUCUGGUAAAAUUUCUGGUGUGUGA